UUUCCAUAUUUUCCUUCAUGGUGGUGGAGGACCUCAUCUAGCUUUGUCCCGUCACUUGCCUCCCUCAUCUCGGGACAAUCUCAAUCCCAGCGUCGCACUGGCAGGACCUUUCUUCUCUUCCCCUCACAGCGGACGUGGAGAUGGGGAUAAAGUGAGUGCCUUCAUAUUUGAUUCCAGGGCCUUUUCCAUUUUCAACAGGGCUUCAGCUUACUGCAGCAAUGUGGAAAGUGCCAGGGACUUUUGCCUUUGCUGGUAGAUUGUGUUGCUUUCCUAAGGACCCGCUGGAAGAUAUUGAUAAGUGGGGGGAAUCAGUGGACAAAGUCUUGAGCUCUAAAGCUGGACAGAUAGCCUUCGUGGAGUUCCUCAAGUCUGAGUACAGCGAGGAGAACAUACUGUUUUGGCUGGCAUGUGAGGAGUACAAAAACAUCAAGAACAGUCCGGAAAUGAUCUCCUCGGCCAACAGGAUCUACACAGAGUUUGUGCAGACAGAGGCACCUAGACAGAUUAACAUAGACUGCACUACAAGAGAAAACAUCACCAAGAACAUCUCGCAGCCCACACUGACGUCAUUCGACUCGGCGCAGAAGCUCAUCUACAGCCUGAUGGCCCGAGAUUGUUACCCCCGGUUCCUGAAGUCUGACGUCUACCAGGGUCUCCUCAUGAGAAAGGAACCCAGUUGACUCUUUUUGUUUGGUUUUGGUUUUCAAACCACCCCCCACUGUCCCCCUACCCUCAAACCUAUGGAUGAACCCCCGCACCAACCGCUAUGGUCCCCUCCUGGGACCAGUCUCGUCCUUGUUCCUGUCCCGGGUCCUGUCCCUCCUGGGUCCUGUCUCCUCUGGGAUCCUAUCUCCUCCUGGGUCCUGUCUUCCCGUGUGGCUAACUGGAUUACGCCAUAACACUGCCGCGUUCCUUUACAGCGCAUCAGAAGCAGCCGUUGUUGUCCUUGUGUGAUGGUUUAGCAGUACAUACCUGUAAUAUAGCUCAUGUCUGGUGUUUAGAUCAAGAAAAACGAACCAAAAAAAUGUUUUAUGUAACACAUUUUUCAUCCCCUUUAUUUAUAUUUUUUCUAUACACUAUACACAUGCAUUUCAAUACACAAGCAAUUUAUUGUAAAUAGUCUUAUUGACAUCCAAUCAAAUUUGAAUUGAAAAAAAAAAGCAUCUUUCACUUUUGAAAUGAAUAUAAUAAAGUUUAAA